AUGCCUUUCUUUCCAGAAGGUUUCACCGAGGGCCUGUCCAUCCCUUCGAGCAGCCAUCACCAACGUCGCUCUUCCUCCCGCCACCGCACCAGCAAGCGUCGCCGCUCCCGCUCCAGCUCCCGCGGCCGGUACCGCGAACGCGAUCGCGGCCUCGGUGGCUCCGUGAUCAGCGACUUUUUCGGCAAAGAUAGCACCUACAGCAAGCACAAUGCCUCGCGCGGCUCGUUCUUCGGACUGCCUCUUGGUAAUUCCUCGCGCGGCAGCUUUUCCCUCUUUGGCGGCAACUCGCGCUCCUCAUACUACAAACGCUCUCCGCGCAAGGGCUUCAUGCAGCGCACCUACAAGCAGCUCAAGCGCCUGCUCCGCGACCUCAUCCACUGGUUCAAGCGCCAUCCCUGGAAGGUCUUCUUCAUGGUCAUUAUGCCCCUCGUCACCGGUGGCGCCCUGACCGCCCUCCUCGCACGCUUCGGCCUCCGCAUGCCCCCGUCUCUCGAGAGUGCCCUUGGCAUGGCCUCGCGCGCCGCGUCGGGCGAUGGCUUUGGCUUUGUCAGCGACGCCGUGCGCAUGGCUGGCGGCGCCAGCGCCGGUAGCACUCGCGGUGGUGCUUUCGCCGGUAGCAGUAGCCACGACGGCUAUUCACGCCGCGGCGGCGGUGGUUUUGACGCUUUCGAGGACUUUGCUCGCUCUAGAACCCAUGGUGGCAGCGGCGAUGACUGGACCAGUGGCUUGGUCAACGGCGUUGCCAAAAUGUUCAUCUAA